AUGGACAUGUCAUCCCACGACUCCAUGUCCUCGGACCCCAUGAAUAUGGAGUCCAUGCCCAUGGUAUUCACGACAUCGCACCACACCCCUCUCUACGGCAGCGGCUGGACGCCCUCCACGGGCGGAGGCUACGCGGGCACAUGCAUCUUCCUCGUCUUCCUGGCCAUCCUGCUACGCCUCCUCUUCGCGGCCAAAAGCGUGCUCGAACAGCGCUGGGCCAUCGCGGCCCGGAACCGCCGCUACGUCCGCGUCCAAGGCAGGACGACCGAGGCCGGCCGUAUCGACCAGGAUCCCGACGUCAAGACCGGCUCCCUCAUCACCGUCAAUGGCGUGGAAGAAAAUGUCAAGGUCGUGCAGGCCAGGAGUCAGUCCACGCCGUUUCGGUUGUCCGUGGACGUUCCGCGAGCCGUGCUGACGACUUUGAUUGCUGCGGUGGCGUACUUGCUAAUGUUGGCCGUCAUGUCGUACAAUGUCGGGUAUUUCCUCUCGGUGCUUUUGGGUGUGUUCUUGGGCGAGCUGGCCGUGGGACGAUACGCGCAGAAUGAUGACCACGUCCACUAG